AUGGCACCACCGCUCCUCCACUUCCGCCUCCAUCCACAAUGCCUCCUCCUGCCCCGCCUCCGCCAUUCCGUCCCCGCCCGCCUCGUCCUCCGCCUCAGCCUCAAAACCCUCUGCUGCUCCUCCUCGGAUUACUCCCCGCCGCCCCUCCACGGCCCCUCGCUCCGCCGCGGCCGCGCCCCGCCGGACCACCCGGACCCCUUCGCUCGCUCCUUCGACCUCGCCGCGCUCCGCGUCCCCGCCGCCGCCUGCGCGCCACUCGAGCGCCGCCUCCGGGGCCACCUCCUCAACUGGCCCCGCGUCCGCAACGUCGCCCGCCUCCCCAACGACCAGGGCCUCCUCGCCCUCGGGCUCUCCCUGCCGUCUCCCCCGCUCUUCUCCGCCCAGGAAUCGGGCACCCCGGUCCCGCCGACCACCGCGGUGGCGGCGCGGCGGGAGAAGGUGGCCCGCGAGUUCAACGCCCGGGGCUUCGUGCGUUUCCCCAACCUCGCCCGCCUCUCGCGGCCCAGUCCCGCCGCGCGGAAGCGGAGGGGGAGGAAGGCCGGAGGUGAGAGCGACGAGCAGGCGACGCGUGGGCGUGACAAAGAUAAGGUGUAUGUGGUGGAGGUGGUGGGGGAGGGAAGGGAGGGCGACGAAGACGAUUUGAAGGGGUUGGUCGGGGAAGAGGGCCUCCGGAGGGGCGCGUGGCGGACUGGCCCCAGCCGCCUGCUGCUGCUGGACGAGAAAUACGCCGGGAGGGGAGUUGAUGAGCUCCCAGAGGCCGUCAAGGUGGUGCUCAUUUCUGCUGCACUUGACAUAGCUGCUAAAAUUGUCAUGCCUCUGGGAGACGGCGGCAUUCCUGCUCAUGCUUGGGGUCAGGAGACGGCGGAGCAGCUUCUCAACGAGUUUUGUUUGGUUAGCAGCCUGCACACGGACAAUGCGGAGCGGCGGGAUGUGUUCAGUUUGACAGCAUGGUGCUCUUCGCCAAGCCGCAUCCCAUCUGGUAUGGACUUGGAGAUUAUUGAGCCGCCGGUGGCUGGUGCUACUGAUCAGGAAGGGAAACGUAGUCUGGUCUACCCUGUGGAGAUAUCUUGCUCAAUUUUGGAUAUUCAUGCUCCUGCUGAUGCCCCCCCACCCCCGCCUCCGGCUGAUCACCACGGUGGUCGCCGUUGUAGGCGCUGGCGGCGGCGGCGUGGCUCGCCGGAGGAAGAAACUGAUCAGGCACAUGGAGUUCCUUCGGAGGCACGCCCCGUGCAUGCCAGGCUGGGGCUGUUCGUCCCUGUGCAAUCCGCGAGGGUUCCGAGGUUGCACCUACCAUCAUUGUUGGUCCGCAGCCGAAGGGUCCAUCGAGAUGAAGAUGCUGCUCUUGUGCUGCUGGCUGUUAAUGUUUUGCAUCUGACGGGGCCACAAAUGAGGAAGAUACAGCCAUCUUGUGGCGUCUCCAGCGCCCAGUCGAGGAAGAUACAAUUAUUGAGCUUCAAGGCGUGCUGGCUGAUGGAGUUGAUUCUGUGGCGUCUCCAGCGCCCGAUCCCAAGGAAGAUAGAGUUAUUGAGCUUCAAAGGCGCUGAUGAAUCAAGACACGCCUGCUUCGGCCUCAAGUCCCGAUGGUGGCACCGCACACGUCCUCUCUGCCGACGGCUCCCAGGCAAGGCGCUGCGAGUGUACUCUCGCUUGCGCUUCCGUACUAGGCCCCCCUCUACCUCCGCACACUUCGGGGAAGUGGACGCAGCUGCUCCUUCAACUCCGGUGCUCCCCCAACUUGAAAGAGCUUGCAAGCCAACAGAUAGCCUCCUACCGCUGCCUGUCAUUCACAUGAGGCGCGUCAAAGCUGUGGCUCCGGGUUCUUUACCUCGACGAAGCAGAAGGGUGGCUGGAGUUGACCCGUGUUCUCCAGGACUAGUCACCACCGAAGCACAAAGGAGGGUUAUGAGGAGUCUAGGUUUUGCGUGCAAAGAAAAAAUUGAUCUCAAGACUCAAGAUGCCUACUUCAAGAUUAUGGGGAGCCAACUCAAUGAGAGCCAUGUGGCUGCCAUGGCGGCUAUCUUCGGCUGGAACAUCGAAGAGGACGCUCAGAGAAUUUUCCUCUCAGUUUUUGGCACUGCUUAUGACAAGUAUGUGGAACUGCCAGCUGAUGGUACGAGGGGAGGGAUCUUGAUUGCCUGGAAAAGCAAUAUUUGUCAGAUCCUAGCUUCCAGAGUGGAUAAUUAUUCUAUCUCAGUUCAAUUUGAGGAACAAGAAGGUCGCAAUUGGUGGUUUACAGGAGUCUAUGGUCCUCAAGAUGAUGUUGAUAAGAUAGCAUUCUUGCAAGAGCUUCGUGAUGUGCGAGCUUUAUGUUCGGGCCCAUGGCUGAUAGCGGGGGACUUCAACUUAAUAUACCAAGCUUCUGAUAAAAACAAUACCAAUUUGGAUCGAGCAAUGAUGGGUCGGUUCAGGCGCUUCCUUGAUGAUGUUGAGGCUAAAGAAAUUCCUCUGUUAGGAAGGAAAUACACACAUGGUCUAAUGAAAGAUCUUCUCCCACCCUCGUGA